CGUAUAUUACACCAACGACAUUUCCCGCGCUCGGCAGCGAAAAGGCGCCAAAGUAUCCGUGCGCAUACAGUACUUUGCUCACCCCACCGAAUAUGCAUCCGAUAUUCAUACUUGACGGCUUUUACCAGCCAUGCAUGCUCAAUAUGAAUUAAUGGGGGUAAUGAGAGCUCGAGAAGGGUUUAGACUCAGUCGGCAGGUUAUAUUUCAGAGUGGACUCUAACGGAUUUGCUUUAAUCAGACUACGCGGGAUGUCAAGACUGGUUGUGGGAUAUUUGGACCGCUUAUUCUCGAUUGGACUCAACUAAUUUGCUCAGGAUCCACAGACUCUAUUUAAACAUCUCAGAUUUUAAACAAGUAUAAUAUCUUGAGAUCGGGUCGAUAUCUGUAGGUCUAAUUCAUCUAGGUGCAUUGUCAAGUGCUUGGUUGGUUUAUGUAUUUUAAGCUCAUCAGCCGGUUCCCACUUGCGUACAGACAAGUGACAGCGUCAACCCAUUUUUCCCGCCAUCGUUAUUAUUUGUUCGCCACCUGUAGGGAAUCAAGAGCGGUCCAACACCGUACCAGACGAUCUUAUGAUGAGUAAAAGAAGGGAAUAUAAGAGCAUAAUGCAGAAGGUUGUGGGGCGCCAAGGCAGCACAAAAGGAGGGCGCUCUUCAUCACCAGAACGCAAACAACGUCAGCGUCAAAUGCUGCAGGAAAUCCGCCAGAAUAUCUCCGAAGUACGUUUCGAGACCGGCGAGGCGAUCGGGGCGAUGAGCACCGACAUGAGACGAAUGGGGCAAAGGUUAAGCCGAUCGAGUACGACGGAUGCCGAUGAUGAGCCGAACCUUCCCGGGGACUACGGCGCAACGGACACACUGCGCGCCAUGAAACAAUUGAUACUCGACCAGCGGGAAAUAGAAGACAGGGAAGAGGCCAAACAGAAGGCAGCAUGUUCGAAGCCGAAACCACCGGAAGACAAAGCCGUCAAAUCGAGGUCGACUUCUAGGCCGACCUCUACGACCACUACCGCCGAAAUCACACCACGUAGCAGUAUAACCAGCAAUGUUGUCGCAGCCGACAGCAAUGACAUCGUAGUAGAAGACAGAUAAACCUUCAAGGCUUGAUCCACGGCUAUGUCAUUAACAUUAAGGGUAGCGGCAAGGGAAAUCCUUUUCGUUGCUAACUUUAGACGAUUCAUAAAACAGCCAUGAUUCGAUACGAAUGGGACUGUAACGAAGCAGCAUAUUUAUGGAUACGUUUAUUCAGAUGUUCAAGGAUGCAUGGAGCGAAGGGUCAUUGAUUAUCUAUAAGAUGCUGACUCAAUGAAGCAUGGUAUGUUUAUUAUCGAGAGAAGAGCAUGUCACACUUAAUGACACAGACUCUUAACCAACUAAGGGAAUGUAAUCCAAAACAACGUGAUGGCUGUGAUCGGUCUAUAGUGGUUUGAUAGGUGUGACCUGCUAAUUGUGACGUGGGUAUAAAGCUACAGUUCAUACUGAACAACCGACUUCAGACCCAUCAAAGAUAUUGCGCCAUUCCCAAUAAAAGUCGGUUUAGAGUCGGUUUCGUUGGUGUGUACGGGUUUAAUAGGGCAAACUCGUAAUACUAAUAGACACGUGUACCGAUAACAAAAUCUAAAACGGGUUAACAUCACAAACAUCAUGCGAAAUAGGCACUAAAGUAUGAAUCCGUAAUCACUUGAUUAGCAUUUCGUAACCAUGGUAACCAUGAGCAUGAUUAUUGUUUUGGUGAUAUGCCCUAUUGUUCACAAGACAGACUACCAUAAACAAACAAACGAAUACAAAUUAUGUUAUCUGAUUCUGUCUUAAUAUAUACGAAAUGAAAGAGCAGUUUAAAAACUAAUGAAAGAGCAGUUGAAAAACUGCAGAAGUGAUAUGAUAUUCGCUCAGUUUUUAUUACACCUCAUCAGCUGUUUUAUUAAAAGGUCCACAAAAGUUAUAAUAAUCAUGUAAUCUAUUUGUUACAGAACAUUAUGUUCCAUGUUGGAAGUAAGCUAUCGUAUUCCAUUAUUAAGGAGUGCGAAUUAUACAAUGCCUUAUUCUAUUUCGAUGCAAAAUCAUAAUGUAAACGAUAUCUAUAUUCCGAGAAAAGGAGAAGGCACAUAAAGGCAUAAUCUUUAGUGAAUUAACAUUAAAUACAUUCUAAAAACCAUUUAAGGGAAUGGUUAAAGGCCAAUUUCACCCCAGAAAAAUGUUGA